AUCAGUUGGGCUGCAUGAAAGUCUGAAGACAGCAGACACAGAGCGCGUCGCAUUUCCCCGGUCGAUCAGUUGACUGAUUUCUUUUUUCUCCUUUUGUUUCUCUGACCGUCCGCUUUGACAUCGGAUGCUUUCGUAAAGCGGCGCUUCACUCGGCGGAUGAAGUUUUCCUCUCGCUGAGCAGACACACAAUGUGACCAUGUAGAGUCAGCAGGCUGUUUUAUCCCUGGACGGAUUUCGGACCUUCAUUGAUCCCGGGAGAAAAGGAUAUCAACGAUGGGCAAACUUUUGUCAAAGCACGCGUCCAAGCGCAGAGAAAACCCCGAAGGAGACAGUUUUGUCGUGAAUGCCUUCCUCCGGAGAGGGAUGGAGGAAUGCGAGAGGUACAGCUCAACAGAUCACAAACUGAAGAGCAUGCAGGAGUUUCCGAGUGCUGAACUGAAGGAAGGACAAUUCACAGACCAACACUGUCCCCUUGAGGUGAUUCUUCCGCAGGAGAAGGCUGAAGGUUGUGAAAGCUACUUGCAGUACCUGCACUCAGAGGACGGAGAGAAAGAACCUGUCAGAGACGCCACCAAAAGUUCCGGGAAGAAAUGCAUUAGCGUCAAUGAUGUGGAGUGUGAUGUUUCUUUGGAAGAUGACAACCGUCAGGAAUGGAUCUUCACUCUUUAUGACUUUGACAACAGUGGGAAAGUCACCAAAGAAGACAUGUCGAGUUUGAUGCACACCAUCUAUGAUGUGGUGGAUGCCUCUGUGAAUCACUCCUGUCACAACAAAAGCAAGACUCUACGCGUGAAGCUGACCGUCACCCCAGAGCCGAGGAGCCACAGACGAGACACAGGAGCAGAGCGCUGCCACCACGAUGAGAGCCGGUCAUCUGACAAGCGUCUCUCCUCAUACUUCAGUAGCAAGGGACAGAGCAGUGAGCCUCCGGCCGCCGAGGGUCAGCAUUACUGCGUGGAUGAGAACACGGAGAGGAGGAACCACUACCUGGACCUGGCUGGUAUUGAGAACUACACUUCCAGAUUUGAAGGAACAAACCCAGACUGCCCCGCUCAGGAGACUCAAGUUCGUAGCUCACAAAGCCAGAGUCGUUCUCGCUCCCAUGAGCCAGAAGCCCAAGUUGUUCACCACCGACGUUCACAGGUCAUCGGUGAAAGCUACAACCCUGCAGAGCCUCGAGCCAAAGGUGCUCAGUUUCUCAAAUCCCCUAAAGGAGCCUAUAAGGGAAGUGGAGGCAAUAACGGAGGAGGCAAAUCCAACAAAUGUCACGGUUACCACCCUCCCAUCCAAACGAUGCUGCACAGUGGCAACGCCGCAGGUCACGGGGGUCAAGAUGUGUACCACCUGCCACACCAAGCUCAACCUUCAGCCCACCACCAGCACCCUCUGCAGCACAGUCACAGCAAGCGGCUAAAGGCCAGAGCUCGCGAUUCCAUGUCUCCGACCAAAACCCUUCUGACUCCGCAGCCCCACCACCAACAGCAGCCUGCCAUGCCGUCCAUGCUGCCCGGCAUGGAGAGGGAGCAGGCGUCCGGCCCCCCCGGGAGCCCAGGGAUUGUUGUUCCUGUGGUGCAGCGCCAUGAGCAUCACCAUCACCAUGAACACCACCACCACCACCACUACCACCACUACCACCAGACAUGACAGCUUUAUGUAUAAAUACAUAUGAGUGACUGAAACCAGGACCAAACCACGCUAUUCUGAAGGACUAAUCCAAUGGAAGCACUCUCCAUCCUGGAUUUUCAAAGCUUCCUGCAAACUCUACAGAUAUACUAAGAAACACUGUACUGAGCUGCCAAGUACACUGAUGGUAAAUGGUGUCUGCUUAGCAGGACCUCGGCAUGUAGUAAGAGAGAAAUGGCGCAGUUUUUCAGUAUUUUCCCCAAAUGUUGUACUUGAAAGCCUGCACUCCUUCCACAUGUUUUUUAAGGGGUUCAGUAAAGAACUAAUUCGAAUCAGAUGACUUCUGUUGUGUCACUCAGUCUCUUCAGUCAAAGUCCUUUAAAGCUAUACUAUGUGUCCGAAUAGUUGUUGUUCCAUGUGAGACGUUUUCAUAAAUGCAGAUCUCAGGUGUAAAGGUGCUGCUGCUCGCGAGCUUUCCAGAGAGGCCCUGCCUUCGUGGGACCGGUGCUGUGGGGCCAGGAGGCUUCCUGUUUGUGUGUGCGAAGGAAGAGAGAGGAGAGGGAGUAUGAAAUCACCACUGCCAGUUUUAAUGCAAAAUACCUUCCUAUAUGUAUUAAAAAUCUAUAUAUGUAAACACAUUUUACUGUAUAAUAAUUAUGCUCUAUAUGCAUAUUUCAUCCUGGAUCUAAUUAUGCAUAUAUGUAUUUUGUAUUUUAUAUAUUUUAAUAAACAUUAUAUAGUUCAUUUAUACAAAUGCA